CCCUAAAGGGAGGCCAACAUGCAGCUGGAACCUUUUCCUUAGAGACCUAGUUAACAUUGGUUUGGGAUACAGCACUGUUUCUUCCCUAUGGGAAAGUGAAAAACUGUGUGGCAUGAAAAAUGUGGGACUAGAAGAAGGAUGAGUAAACAACUUUUCUGUAAAUAAAGUGUCCCUUCCUUUCUCCAGUCUCUUAAAAAGAGCUUUUCUUGCAAUAUUUUUGGCCAGAAGUGGAAAUAUGAGAAGUUUUAUUAGGAAACUCUGGGGGAAAAAAUUGUUCUUGAAGCAUUCAGAUCCUAGUUUUGCCAACGGUGGAGACAGAUUAAUGUUCUGACAGUUGGAAGCUUAUCUUAUCUUCUCUUAACCUGAAUAAUUUUGUAAAAUUAAAUUUAACUGGCCCUAUUAUUUUUUGACAUUACUAUUUUUUUAAUGCUUAUCCCUCUGCUUGUUAGGUUCUUUAAAAAGAUUUUAUAAAGUUAAAGCAAGAGUACUACAAAAGUAAUUUAAAAGCUGACAUGUUUUUGCAGGACCAGGGUCUUGUGGCGGUGGACUGGAUAUCAUUGGGGAAAAAAGAACUUGUAAAUUUCACUUGCUACUUCAUUGGAAUUUAGCAUAACAUUAGUGAUUACUUGUACCCUCCAAACCAGUCAAAUCUUUAUGCCUGGAACAUAUUUGUCAUUUAGACUUCUGUAUUAGUACCAUGCCUAGCAGAAUGGGAUCGAAAAUGAAUCUGAACAGAGACUUCAUCAGAGUAAAAGCACAUUAUAAUGGGGACAUCCUAAUAACGAAUUUGGAUGCAUCAAUGAACUAUGGUGAACUUUGUGAUGAAGUGAGGGAGAUGUGCAGUUUACAACAGGAACAGCCAAUUACCCUCAAGUGGAUUGAUGAUGAAGGUGAUCCGUGUACUAUCUCAUCUCAGAUGGAACUGGAAGAAGCCUUCCGUUUGUAUUGUCAUCAUAGAGAUGAAGGGCUCAUUAUUCAUGUUUUCCCCAGCAUUCCAGAGAAACCAGGCAUGCCAUGUCCAGGAGAAGACAAAUCAAUCUACCGACGUGGAGCAAGAAGAUGGAGGAAGCUCUACCGAGUGAAUGGGCAUCUGUUUCAAGCCAAACGCUUUAACAGAAGAGCAUAUUGUGGCCAGUGCAGUGAAAGGAUAUGGGGUCUCGGAAGGCAAGGCUACAAGUGUAUCAACUGCAAAUUGCUGGUCCAUAAACGCUGUCACAUACUUGUUCCACUGACCUGCAAAAGGCAUAUGGAUUCGGUCAUGCCUUCCCAGGAACCUCAAUUAGAUGAUAAAAAUGAUGAAGUUGACCUCCCCUCAGAAGAAACUGAUGGAAUCCCUUACAUUCCUUCAACCCGGAAACAUGACAACAUUAAAGAUGACUCUGAGGAUAUCAAGCCGGUUAUUGAUGGAAUGGAUGGAAUUAAGAUUUCUCAGGGGCUUGGACUACAGGACUUUGACUUAAUCAGAGUUAUUGGACGUGGAAGUUAUGCCAAAGUUCUUUUAGUACGGUUAAAAAAGAAUGAUCAAAUUUAUGCCAUGAAAGUAGUGAAAAAAGAAUUGGUCCAUGAUGAUGAGGAUAUUGAUUGGGUACAGACAGAGAAACAUGUGUUUGAACAGGCAUCCAGUAAUCCAUUCCUAGUUGGUUUACAUUCGUGCUUUCAAACAACAAGUCGAUUGUUUCUUGUCAUAGAGUAUGUAAAUGGGGGAGAUCUCAUGUUUCAUAUGCAACGGCAAAGAAAACUUCCUGAAGAACAUGCAAGAUUUUAUGCUGCUGAAAUUUGUAUUGCUCUGAACUUCCUACACGAGAGAGGAAUAAUCUACAGAGAUUUAAAACUAGACAAUGUUCUGCUAGACGCAGAGGGUCAUAUCAAGUUAACAGAUUAUGGCAUGUGCAAGGAAGGAUUGGGCCCUGGUGACACUACAAGCACUUUCUGUGGAACGCCAAAUUACAUUGCACCAGAGAUCCUAAGAGGGGAAGAAUAUGGGUUCAGUGUGGACUGGUGGGCUCUUGGUGUCCUGAUGUUUGAAAUGAUGGCAGGAAGAUCUCCAUUUGAUAUAAUAACUGACAAUCCAGACAUGAACACUGAAGAUUACCUCUUCCAAGUUAUCCUUGAAAAGCCAAUCCGGAUUCCAAGAUUUCUCUCUGUCAAGGCCUCUCAUGUCUUAAAAGGAUUUUUAAACAAGGAUCCCAAAGAAAGGCUUGGCUGCCAGCUAGAGACAGGAUUUUCUGAUAUCAAGUCUCAUACAUUUUUCCGCAGCAUAGACUGGGAUCUGCUGGAAAAGAAGCAGGCGACCCCUCCAUUUCAGCCUCAGAUCACAGACGAUUAUGGUUUGGAUAACUUUGAUACACAGUUCACCAGCGAACCUGUGCAGCUAACCCCAGAUGAUGAAGAUGUAAUAAAAAGAAUAGAUCAGUCGGAAUUUGAAGGAUUUGAAUACAUUAACCCAUUGUUGCUGUCAACAGAGGAAACAGUAUGAAGGAAUGACAUCUCCAUUGUGGACAAAUAAUGUGAAUGAACUUUAAAUUUAUCCUUAACUACAGUAUAUGCAUGCAAGGCUGGGGAACUGUAAGGUUUUGGAUGGAGACCAAUGAUAAAAAAUAUUGCUGCUGAAAAUCAAAGAUGAGAAUAUGAUUUUGGUGGGUGUCUUCCUCUAAAUAUUGGUUUUUAAAAGUUUUGGGCACUGACACAACUGGCUUCGUUAAUGAAGGAAUUUGCAUUUGUGCCUGUCUCGUGAAGGAUCAAAGUGUUCAUUGCAUCCUCUGGAAAAGAGAGAUUCCGAACAACUUUGAAAGCUACAUACUUUCCACAAACACUUGAUGCACUGAGCUAUUAUUUGAAGAAUAUUAGAGUGUAACAUCCUGAAGAAUAAAACGUUAGUGGUGUUGAAGCUUAUUUUUUAUGCCUUUUUCACAAGUGGUACCUGUCUAAACGUCUCAGAUACGAUAUGUAAAAGGAGUUGUGUUUUAUUAGCAAUCAAAACAUAAAUUUGGGUACAGGUUUUAAGUGCCUAAAUGGAUGAACUGCAUUGAAGACUUAUUACAUAUUUUCAACAUUCUUAACCCUGGUAAGUUAGGCUUGUUAACAUUCAAUAAGGAACAUAUAAAUAAAAGCUGCAACCUAAUACUGAGGUACAUCUUUAUAGAGGAGCAGAGUGACUCAGCAAUACCAAUUCCAAAUUAGAACUCCCUGUAUCAAAUCAAAAAUCUGGAUUGUUUAAACCUCAAAAUUUUAGUUUAAAAAAAAAAAAAAA